UCUCCAACACUUAGAAAAUCUGAAAAACCCUAGCCACCUCUCUUCACCACUUCAUCACUUCAUCGUCUUCAUCUCUUCAUCAUUGAACGGCCAUGGCUUCCUCCGGCCAACAGCAGGACCGCCGGCGUCCACGAAACUCCAGCUCGGGUCCGCCAGCUAGGGUUAUAGAUCUUAGUCUCCGGCGAAGCGACACGUUGUCCCAACUCGACCCACAUCUUCUGAUGGCGAGCGAAAGCCCUGAUGUUGUUGUUGUAGCUCCCGUGGUGGUGAAUGGCGGCGCUGAAUCCUCUAAUGGAAAAGAUGAACAAUUGGAAUCUGAGCUUUCGAAGAAGCUUGAGAUUGCAGAAGAUGGUAAAGAGGACAACGAUGAAGAUGAAGGAAGCAAAGCUGAGACUUCAACGAAGAAGAAGAAGAAGAAAAAUAAAAGCAAAACUUGGCAAAUAGACAAAAACCUGGAUGUGCAAAAGGAUCUGGUGUGGAUCGAUCAAGAACAGCAACGACACUAUAAUGUAAAUAUUCUUUGGUAUGACCUUUAUGAGCUUUCAUUCUGUGCAACAGUUCCUUAACAACAGUUUCUUUGUUAAGUCAUUGCAUGGAUUUAUUCGCGUAAAGACAGAUCUAAGAGGUUCCCCUUUUCUUGCAGAUAUUCUUGGAACUCCCUCAACAGUCUGUUCAUGUCAAGACUCUUCGUUGUUACCUUUAUCACACUGUUUGUUUUUAAGUCUUGUUGCUUGAUCUCUGUUUUUAGUAAUCUGUGGAGAACAACAUUUGAAGAGAAGAGAGAGUUGGAGCGUUUGUAUGUUUUUAUGUUUAUUAAGAACUUCUUUUAAUUCAAAAGUUGUUUUUGUAUGUUUGGUUUUAAUUAGUAAAAUGCAAACGUAAUU